GUUUAGUUGAAUUGGAGCUGCCCUGGCACCGUAAUAGAAGAGCUGAAAGAAGCUUCGACCGAGUGAUUUAAUCAUAAUUAGCAGUAAUCGCAGCCAGUGAAUUGAAAUGAUUCUUUGCCGGAGGAUGGCAGAAGUGGAUAAAUAAGUAAUGUGAAAAUUUAAUAAAAGUGAUAGUUUACUUGUCUUCUGAUAAUGAAUGAUAAGGAAUUGUUGCUAGUUCAGUUUUAUUUUGAUCGUGCUGAUGAACAGAGGAAUUUUUAAGAUUAUCGCCCAUUAUUGAUCUCUUCUUUAUAAUGAGAAAAAACACUCAGACGGAGCAUAUAAAGACAUUUCUUCGAGUGAG